UUUGGAUCCACAGCCACCGUCACCACCGUCUCCUGCCUGUACCAAGCCCCCUUCUCACGACUGACUCCUCGAUUGUACUCUACUUGGCUCAGGUUCACGAACGCAGAAUAUUCGUGAUGGCACAAGAAGCACCACGCAAACCCACGCUGCUCGAGCUUGUCGGAAAUGGCGACUUGUUUCGGUGUGCAUAUUAUGAUGAAGAACGUCCUGGGCUCGGAAGAGAGCCAUCCUACUACCUCGUUGGACCGACGGACACGCUGGAGGAAGUGAUGAUCAAAGCCGAGCGUGUUGGUUGCCUCAUCUCCAGCCGCCAUUCUCUCGCUGUAGCUAUUGGAGAUCUCAAAGGAGGCCCUGAGAAGUUGGCCAGGUCGAAGCUCUCGGCUUUGGAAUCAUUCCUCUGGUCGAAAUUCGAGGAGGGCGCUCAGCUCCCUCCUAUGUCGUGGCAUACCGCGAAAGAAGAGGCUGAUAAGGGAGAGCAAGGAGUUUCGAAGAAAAAGCGAGCUGUGUCUCAAGCAGACAAGAGCAUUAGGGGAGGCAAAGCGAUCAAACGGAACCGUCAAGGAGCAAAAGAGGUCAUAAGCAAAGUCGAGGACGACGGCUUAGACGCUGGUGCGCACAUGAUGCUGCACAUCAACGGUCUGGCCCUUCUUUAUGGCAAGCGGCCUGACGCGGUCCGCUAUGAAGACGUGCUGUCAUUCGAGCGAGAAUAUCCUCAGCUCAAGCCUCUGCUAUGCGCCAGCGUCCUCCUCACAUCUGUUCGCGAAAAUGCCCGGGCAUCUAAGGAGCGCAAUCACUGCCAUGAGAUCGAAGUGCAAGCUUGCCGAAAGGUCCUCGAUGCGAUCACGCAGCAAAUUCACUGGAUCAUGUCGGCAGCCAAGAAGCACAGUGAAUCUGUCGACAAGAAUAUGAAGAUCGUCUCAGAACGCAUCAGAACGAUGUCAGCAAAGGCCUACGGUGACGCGCAAAGUCCUGUCGGCAAAGCCACGAAGCUCGUCGAGGGCAUUGAUGGAGACGAAGAAGAUCAAGAGGAAGAGGAGGUUGAGGAACACAUGUCACCCUCGGAUGAUGUCACAGAAGAACAACGUCGCGAGGGAGCCCAUUACGCGGAAAGCGAAGAGUCCUCGAGUGACGAGGUAGCUCUCAAUCAGCGAGAAGACAAGAUUGAGAGGUUGCAAGAAGCUAGCGAGGAGAAGAGCGGAGAAGAUGCCCAGAAGGAAAAGAGUGUCACAGAAGCUGACAGGCUGAGCUCCGGUGAAGGACGCCCAGAGGACACUCCUGCCGUACAUCCGCGAUUCUUCAGAAACCAGAUCAAGGUUUAUCGUCUUCCCGAACAACCUUUGGGCUAUCGAGGCUGGAGCAACACCAGCGGCUAGUCUGGAACUCCCCCUAAACUCAGCUUCUCUAUGAUUACCACCCAUUGUCCUCAAUCAGCGCCUGCUGACCGAUCCACCAUGGCCUCUCACCUUUUUUUUUUGUCAUCUCCUCCACCUCUACUCUCGUCCGGCAUUUCUUCCUAAAGCCGU